AUGGAACUUAUGCAGCUGAAGCAGGGUAACACAACUGUUGCAGAAUAUGCUCGUAAGUUUGAUGACUUGUGCCGUUUCUCCAAGAUCUGCCAAGGGAAUCCUGCUGACUUUGAAGAAUGGAAAUGUUUGAAGUUUGAAGGGGGCCUUCGUGAAGAUCUGAUGAGUUCAGUAGUUCCAUUGGAGAUACGAAAUUUUGCUGAGCUAGUUAAUAAGUGUAAGUUAGUAGAAGAUGUGCUAAGAAGGACAAACUUCAAGACACCUGGUGUGCCACAGCGAAGGAAUCCACAAGCUGGUAACGUUCCUGCUCGCUCUGUGGGUGGAAACGGAGGUAGACCGAGGCAGGAUAAUGGCAAACGACCUCAACAGGUGCAGGUGAACACUACAUGCAAGCGAUGUGGGAAGGAUCAUGGUAUUAACCCGUGUUUGUUUGGAACAUUCAAUUGUUAUAGAUGUGGAGGAACUGGACAUAUUGCUAAGGAAUGCCUAAAGAUAUUCGCUCGAAAUCCAGUACGAACCCAGCAACAAGGUCGAGUGUUUGCCAUGACUGCUGAUGAUGCUAUGCAAUCAGACGCCCUGAUCCAAGGUCAGUGUUACGUCAAGAAUCGAUUUCUAACUGUACUGUAUGAUUCGGGUGCAUCGCAUUCUUUUAUUUCUUUAACUGCUGCUCGUGAGUUGGGACUAGAUUUCUCUGAGUUGAACUUUGAUCUAAUUGUCCAUACACCUGCGUCCCAAAAUGCUUUGACUAGUUUAGUGUACCUGCAAGUACCAUUCACUAUUAGAAACAAAACUUUUAUACAUGAUCUAAUUUGUUUGCCUCUAUGUGGUUUAGAAGUUAUUCUAGGAUUAGAUUGGUUGUCCAAGUAUCAUGUUUUCCUUGAUUGCUUUGAAAGAACUGCUAUUAUUCCGUCUGAUAGUUUAGAUAUUAAACCAUUUUUGUCAUAUACCUUAUAUCUGAAUUUUGUAAGAGUUACCUUAGACGGGAGUGAUUGUGAGGGGUACGUUCUGUUAGCGGCUAGCUCAAAUGACAGUGAAGUAAGCUUAGAACAAAUCCGAGUGGUGAAGGAAUUUCCUGAUGUUUUCCCGGACGACAUACCUGAGUUUCCUCCUCAGCGGGAGAUAGAAUUCAGCAUUGAACUUGUACCUGGAACCGGACCAAUUUCCAUAGCACCGUACCGGAUGUCACCACUGGAACUUGCAGAGUUGAAGAAGUAG